AAGAGAGUUUAGGGCAAGACAGGAAAGUCGGCACUAUAAAUUCAACAAAAAACAGAGCGAAACGGUUAGGGCGUAAACGAAGAAACGAAGCCGGAGAAGAGGGCUCUUCUUUCGUGAAGAAUAAUAAUAACAUCUUAUCCCUUUAUUCUUUUACCAAAGAUGGAUCGGUACCAAAAAGUAGAGAAGCCAAGAGUUGAGACACCAAUCGAUGAGAAUGAGAUUCGGAUUACUAGUCAGGGUAGGAUGCGUAGCUAUAUCACCUAUGCUAUGACCUUGCUUCAGGAGAAAGAAUCAGAUGAGAUUGUGUUCAAGGCAAUGGGCAGGGCAAUCAACAAAACAGUGACAAUUGUGGAAUUGAUUAAGAGGAGAAUUGUUGGUCUUCACCAAGUAACGUCUAUUACAUCCACUGAUAUUACUGAUACAUGGGAACCCCUUGAAGAAGGCCUCCUCCCUCUCGAGACCACCAGGCAUGUCUCGAUGAUAACAAUUUCUCUCUCUAAAAAGGAGCUGGACAAGAAUGCUGUGGGGUACCAGCCACCUUUGCCUGCAGACCAGGUGAAAGUGUCAACAGAUUUUGACUAUGAUGGAGAAGGAUCACCUAGUGGUGGACGAAGAGGCCGCGGCGGCAGGGGAAGGGGAAGGUCUAGAGGUUUUUCAGGAAAUGGAUAUAUGGCGGCUGAGUAUGAUGAUGGUGGGUAUGAUCGCAAUCGGGGCUAUGGUGGUAGGGGUAGGGGUCGAGGCAGAGGUCGUAACUUCCGUGGCCGUGGAAGGGGAGGGUACAAUGGUCCUCAGGAUGCCCAGCAAGAUGGUGGCUUCUACAAUCAGGAAGCACCGCCCAUGCAGGGACGAGGCCGUGGCCGUGGAAGGGGAACUCGUGGUAGGGGACGUGGAUUCAGAUCUAAUGGGCCGAUCCAAGGCGGUGGUGCUUAAUUGAUCAAACUUGAAGAAUACAGAGAUUAUGUGCUAUGAGUGCCUGCUCCAUGUUCAAUGUUUUUCAUUCCUCAGUUAUUUGUGUUAACAGUAGGUUAUCAAUCUGUAAUCAGAGUAGACUAAUUAUAGAUUUCGUGACCGCCUUAUGUGGUGAGUUUUUUUUCGUUUUUUUCUUGAUAUCUUCUAUCUUCUUUCUGCUAGAUUAGGUGGUUCAAGUGUAAUUUCGUUAGUGAGCAGCACAUUCUUUGAUUUGUCUUUGUUGACAUGUUCAGUGUUGACCUUGUUCGUAAAUUUGCCUCGUUUUUAUUUGGCAGAA